AUGGACAAUAAAGCAUUGGAACCUGAUUCUGUGAGUAUCCCCAUGGAGGAGGCCAUAAUGUGUAAUGGAGGCAGCCAGCCUCAGCCUCAGCAGCAGCAAGAAGCAUCCAUGUUGACCCACCUGAAGAAGGUUGAGAACCAGAUCACUGAAGCACAGCGUUUCUCCCACCUACCCAAACGCUCAGCCGUGGACCUGGAGUUCAGUGACCUGUCCUACACCAUCCAGGAGGGGCCGUGCUGGAGGAGGAGAGGUUUCAAAGCCUUACUGAAGUGCCUGUCUGGGAGGUUCUGCAGUCGGGAGCUGAUAGGAAUCAUGGGGCCGUCAGGGGCCGGGAAGUCCACCUUAAUGAACAUCCUGGCUGGAUACAGGGAAACAGGGAUGAAGGGUCAGAUCCUGGUAAAUGGGAAAGCCAGGGACCUAAGGACAUUCAGGAAAAUGUCCUGCUACAUCAUGCAGGAAGACAUGCUGCUGCCACACCUCACUGCACGAGAGGCCAUGAUGGUUUCAGCCAACUUAAAGCUGGGUGAAACUAUGGAUGUGAAGAAAAAACUGGUCAAUGAGAUCCUGACAGCAUUAGGGCUCCUUGAGUGUGCUCACACUCGCACCAGCUCACUGUCAGGUGGUCAGUGUAAACGGCUGGCCAUCGCCCUAGAACUGGUGAACAAUCCUCCAGUCAUGUUCUUCGAUGAGCCCACCAGUGGCUUAGACAGUGCAUCGUGCUACCAGGUGGUCUCACUAAUGCGUUCCCUGGCGCUGGGAGGACGGACCAUCAUCUGCACCAUCCACCAACCCAGUGCCAAACUGUUUGAGAUGUUUGACAAGCUUUACAUUCUCAGUCAGGGACAGUGUAUCUACAAGGGCACGGUCCCUUACCUCAUCCCCUACCUGAAGACUCUGGGCCUUUAUUGUCCCACCUACCACAACCCUGCAGACUUCAUCAUUGAAGUGGCAUCAGGAGAGUACGGAGACUUGAACCCUGUGCUGUUCGAGGCAGUCCAAGGUGGCAUGUGUGCAUUAGAGGAGAAGAAGAACCAAUGUGAUAGCAACGGCCAAUCAGUCUGUGCAACAAAGUGCUCGAUGGAUGCUGGACACAUAGAGAGCCAUACUUUUGCCACAAGCACCCUGACACAGUUCUGCAUCCUCUUCAAGAGAACCUUCAUAACUAUAUGUCGAGACCAGGUUCUGACUCACCUCAGACUGAUUUCCCACAUUGCCAUAGGUGUGUUAAUAGGCUUGCUCUAUCUGAACAUUGGCAAUGACGCCAGCAAGGUCUUCAACAACACCGGGUUCCUCUUCUUCUCCAUGCUCUUCAUCAUGUUUGGAGCGCUCAUGCCAACCGUGUUAACCUUUCCUCUGGAGAUGUCUGUGUUCCUGCGGGAGCAUCUUAACUACUGGUACAGCCUGAAAGCCUACUACCUGGCCAAGACCAUGGCUGACAUCCCAUUCCAGGUGAUCUGCCCCAUCAUGUACUGCAGCAUCGUGUACUGGAUGACAGAGCAGCCUCCGGAGGCCAGCCGCUACCUACUCUUUAUAGCCCUGUCCACCUGUACUGCCCUGGUAGCCCAGUCCCUAGGCCUUCUGGUUGGAGCUGCCUCCACCUCACUGCAGGUAGCCACGUUUGUUGGACCUGUCACAGCUAUCCCAGUGCUGCUCUUCUCUGGAUUCUUUGUGAACUUUGACACAAUCCCCAAGUAUCUGCAGUGGAGCUCCUAUGUGUCUUAUGUCAGGUAUGGCUUUGAAGGGGUGAUCCUGUCCAUCUACGGGAUGAACCGGUCAGAGCUGGAGUGUCCGGGGAAGGUGUGCAAGUUCCAACAGCCUGAAGAGGUUCUGCAGUUAUUGGAUGUGGAAGAUGCAAAGCUCUACAUGGAUUUCAUUGUCCUGGGCAUUUUCUUCAUCAUCCUACGGCUGGCCACCUACCUGGUCCUCCGCUACAAGAUCAAGUCUGAGCGAUAGGUUUCGCUCGGCUCAUCUUGCAAAUCUUAACGCCCUCCCUCAUGUCACUCCAGACCUGGUCUCAUUUUUUGUGCAAAGAAAACAACCUCUCUCAUGUGGGAAUUCACUUCAUUUCAUUUUUCAUUUUGCUGCUAAGAGGACAGAACAUAAAUCUGCCAACAGCUGUGGAGGGCAGUGACUGACGAUGCAGAGCAGUGAAGAGUUAUCUAAUAAAUCAACAUAUACCUGUUUUACCUCAGACAUCAGAACUUAACUCCUGCACACAAGCCAGGACACAGGAGGAGGAGGACACUGAGACUGAGCCACAUUCAGCAGCAUAUACUGUAUGUCUCAUAUUCCUGCAAGACAGAAACAUUUUCCGAACAAGGUGGACGUGAGAAGCUCAUCAGAGUGGUGAAGCGUGUUUAUUCUGCACUGUGUGCUGCCAUUCUGUCAGUGGUGGUGUGUUCAGACUGCGGUCUACUAAACUGCCUCAUUUAGAAAAUCAAAUACAAACAGUGUUUACAUUGAUCUAUUAGUCAAGAAAGAAAUCUGAGGAGAAACGGUUGCACUGGAGAGUAAAAGUGAUGCACUGUGCCUAACAGAGUGAACACUGGUCGAAAGCAAUUUGUCUGAGCGACUUUUGGUUCUAUAUUUUAACUGAAGUGUGGUGACUGAAACAUUUACUUCCUAUGUAUGAAAAUCAAAUCAUUCUUUGAGCUAGAUUGUUUUUUUUAACAUGUUGAUAGUUGUAAAUUAAGCUUUAUCAUGAUUGUAUACCAAAAUUUGGUAUUUUUGUACUUCCACAAUAUAAUCUAAAAA